GGUGCGCGGACACCAUGGCCGGCGAGAGCGAGCAUUUGAACAGUCGAGAGGCGCAGACUGUCUGCGACGGCCUGGAACGCUACGAGGACACGCUGCGGGGCGCCGUCCGGGAGAUACAUGUGGACAUCCAGCUGUUCAAGCAAGGAGUAGGCCGGCAGGUGGAGGAGGUGCUGCGCCUCGCCAGCCCCCUGGCACACGCUGUCUCUGAGCUGCAGCAGGAGAACCGGCGCCUCCGGGUACAGCUGGAGCGCCUGUCUCGGCAGGUGGAGGCCCUGGGCAAGUCGGCGGGGCUGUCGCAGGAGUGGGUGAACGAGGCGGCAGAGAGCCCCCAGGUCGUGGGGCCCGGCUCGCCGGCGCAAGGCUCGGCCGACAGCGCCUUCUCCGGUCAUGCCAAGCGAACGGUCGCUGGCCGGAGCCAAAGUGUAGACCUGGAUGACCACCAGAAACCUGAGUUCAGAAGAGUUUUUAGUUCUUCCAUCAUUGAAAAUGGGCAUCGAUCUUCAUCAUCAGGUCAGGCAAAAGUCACCCAUGAACUGACCUGUUUUCAGAUGUCAGAAUCUUCGUCCCCCGAAGCCCAUGCCCCUGCAGUCACCUUACAGAUGCCCCACCUUCCCGUUACUGCAGUAACCAGGAUAUCUGAGAAGUUUUCAGGAGAGAGCAUCUGUUCAGCAGGAACAACUACUACAUCUUCUUGCCUGCUGGGACAGGGCAAGUGCGCAAAUAAAAUGGGAGUAAAAUCUUCCAACCAGCCAGUGAAGGACUGGAAUUCAAUUACAGUGAGAACAAUGGAUUCAUCUGCUACUGAGAAUGCUACUUCUGUCACCAAGCCUGUGUCAACUGUGAACUACGGGCUGCGUAGUGGAGCCAAAACUGGUGAAAGUGCCAUUGACAGUUGCUGUGAGGUGACCCCCAGCUCUCACUCACCUCCUCCUACUGUGCAUCGCCCGGUUGAAAGGAGGCGAGAAUUGGUGCGGUCUCAGACGCUCCCGCGGACUUCAGGAACGCAGGCCAGGAAAGCGCUUUUUGAAAAACUUGAACGCGAUGAUGCAAAAGGAAAAGGAGAAUCCAGAGCUAAGCUGAAGAGGUCGCUGAGUUUUGGGGUUGCCAGCGCUAGCAGCAUUAAACAAAUUCUGUUAGACUGGUGUCGCUCAAAAACCAUAGGAUACAAGCACAUUGAUCUGCAGAACUUCUCCUCAAGCUGGAAUGAUGGGAUGGCGUUCUGCGCUCUUGUGCAUUCUUUCUUUCCUGAAGCUUUUGAUUAUAAUAAGCUUGACCCAGCUAACCGCAAGCAGAACUUUGAGCUGGCCUUCACAACGGCUGAGAAAAUGGCUCACUGUGACCGUCUGAUAGAAGUGGAAGACAUGAUGGUGAUGGGUCACAAGCCAGAUCCCAUGUGCGUCUUCACCUAUGUCCAGUCUCUGUACAGUCAUCUACGAUGUUUUGAAUAAAACCAUCAACACCUCUCCAGCCAGAAGGGUCAAGUACAGCAUACUAACAGGAAGACUGACAUUCUGCAAAUGGAACACAGUAUUAUUUCUUGCUUUGUACUGUCCCUUUGCUUACAUUCAGCUGUGUAGCUGGCUGGCUGAAGUAUUGCUGAGCACUGCCCUGAAGUGUUGAUCACAUCACCGUG